UCCGUCGUUUGACGUAUGGUUUUGUCAUUGAAAUUAGAAUUAUUGCUUUAUUUAUUUGUUUGUUAUUAUAUUGUAUAUUUUGCAGAAUGGGAAGUUUGUUAUCAAAUGGCUUCCUUCAGAAAUUCUGAAGUGACUCAAAGUUUGGGGAACAAAGAUGGAAAGAGGACCAAGAGGCAAAGAUUGCUGGAUGAUGAUGAGAUUAAGCAUGCUGAUGAUGAUUUAAGACAACUUCUUUCGAAAGAGCUUGCUAAUUAUUUGGAUCGAAACAUAAUACAUGUGGAAAUCAACAAUUGUUGUAAUGAAGAAAGUCAACUGUGUGAAGAGCAAAAUGAAAGAAAUGAGAGUGCUUUUCAACUGUUUUCUUCAAGCUCCAAUCAAGGAGAAAUUUCUAUUGCUGCAGAAAGCAAAGAAAAACUAAAUUUAAUUGUCAACGACACAAAUAAUGAUUUGAGCUCUAGUGAUGACGAAGAAAUGAUAAGAAAAUUAAAAGAGUCUGCUGUCUCAGUUGCAGAUUUAUUUGGAAGUAGAACGAGUACACAAUAGAAUUGACCUAUUUGACUUGUUGUGCUUGGAUUGAAUAAUUUAAUUACAUGACGUAUCACACGAACUCUACAAAUUCAAAGACAUCGAUAUCCACGUUCUUAAGCGAAGGAAUUCUACAAUUUACACAGAUUUGGAGAUUUCUUUUUGUCGUGCCAAUAUAUUUCGUUAUUUUAUUGUACGGGCGACUUCUCUUUCUGUAGAAAUCGAUGAUAUAAUAUCGUAGUAAUACUUAUUACCUACAUUAAAAACUGCAAUUGUUAUUUA